AGGCCUUAUGGGAGUUGUAGUCUCGGCAUUUUUUUUUUUUCCUUCUCCAGGCUUCCGCGUGGCCGGCAGAGUGCAGAGCCCAUUCCACUCAGUGUAGACAUCCCAGGCGACCCACUUCUUUUCCAAGAUGCCCGCCCCGACGUGCUUCUCCUGUCACAAGACCCGUGCUGCCCUCCGUCGCCCACGCUCUGGGCAGGCGCUGUGCGGCUCCUGCUUCUGUGCUGCCUUUGAGGCUGAGGUGCUGCAUACAGUGCUUGCCGGGCACCUGCUGCCGCCGGGCGCUGUAGUGGCCGUGGGUGCCUCUGGUGGCAAGGACUCCACAGUGCUGGCACAUGUGCUGCGCGAGCUUGCGCCACGCCUGGGAAUCACCCUGCACCUAGUGGCCGUGGAUGAGGGCAUCGGCGGCUACCGCGACGCUGCGCUGGAGGCGGUUCGCAGUCAGGCGGCGCGAUGGGAGCUGCCGCUCACCAUCGUGGCCUACGAAGAUCUCUUCGGAGGCUGGACGAUGGACGCCGUGGCCCGUAGCACCGCAGGCUCUGGCCGCAGUCGCUCCUGCUGCACCUUCUGCGGGGUGCUGCGGAGGCGCGCUCUGGAGGAAGGUGCGCGCCUUGUGGGAGCUACACACAUCGUGACAGGCCACAACGCUGACGACAUGGCUGAGACCGUGCUCAUGAACUUCCUGCGUGGUGAUGCUGGGAGACUGGCGAGGGGUGGAGUACUGGGCUCCACGGGCGAGGGGUGCGCACUUCCCCGGUGCCGGCCUCUGCAGUUUGCCUCACAGAAGGAGGUGGUGCUAUAUGCCCACUUCCGCCACCUCCGCUACUUCUCCGAGGAGUGUGUGUAUGCCCCUGAGGCCUUCCGUGGCCAUGCUCGGGACCUGCUUAAGCUCCUGGAGGCAGCCAGGCCCUCGGCCGUGCUGGACCUCGUGCACUCGGCAGAGCGUCUAGCUCUGGCUCCCGCAGCAAGGCCCCCUCCUCCGGGCACUUGCUCCCGCUGCGGAGCGCUGGCCAGCCACAAGCUCUGCCAGGCCUGUGCUCUCCUAGAUGGCCUCAACCGAGGCCUGCCGCGCCUGGCCAUUGGCAAGGGCCGCCGUGUGCUGCAAGUUGAGCCACCACAGCCUGGGAACCCAAGCCGAGACACCAGUAACCCUGUGGCCCCACCAGGACCCUGCACCUGCAAGCAACCCAAAGAUGAAGCCAACCCAUGCUGGAACGGAGGGGACCGGGCAGGAGCUACCUGUGUAUCGCAGAGUGACCUGAGCCCCGUGGCGGAGUGACCUGAGUUGUGCACUGUACAUUGCCCAGUGCCCUGCAACUGUAAUCUAUACACUGUGAAGUGAUUUCCCUUCAGUGCACUGCACUCUCGGACAGACCUGUUUCCCUGUGGAGUAUCUGUACCCUGCAGAGUCAUUUGAGCCCUGCAGAUUAUUGUACCAUACAGCGACCUACACCUUUAAAGUGAUCUGUGCCCUGCAACCUGAGCCCUGUGGAGUGACUGUACCCCAUGGAGGGAUGUGCCCUGUACAGCAGCCUGAACCUUGUACAACUAUAGGGAGCCCCAGGCAGGCUACCAGGUCUAAGAGAGAAGGGACCAACAACCAUGCAUUCCUGCACACCUCUGUUGGUCUCUGUGGGCUCAAGUACCCCGGCCCUCCUUUUCUGUUUUCCCAAGUCAGGUAAACAAAGUCACAUGAUUAAUAGGAAUAUUCACAAUCAUCACUAUCCCCCUUUCAUCCAGACACAGCUCUUGCACCUACGGGAAUCUGAGAAAGUUUAUUCUGAACCAGUUAGGACCUUCCAUGGUCAGGUAUGUGAAUUGAGGCUGCCCCAGAAAUACUGCAGUGGGAACAGUUAUACAAACAUUUACAGCCCUAGAACAAUAGAAAGUCAUUAACCAAGACAUUGGUCAAAUACGUCUGUGUGAACUUCAGGUAGACAGGUUACAGCCAAGCUGAAAUCCCUUCUGCAGGUCUUAGGUCCUAUCUGAUGAUUUUCUUAGCUUGUGGGUCUUUGGAAGCCAGUGGUCUGCUGAGCUGAUACAUUCCAAACCAAAUUUGUUGUUUUCACAUGGUUGUUGGGUCAGUGUCCUGGCUGGCUGUUUGGGUUUGUUGUUGUUGUUUUUGCCAACUUUACAUAGGCUGGGAUCAUCUGAGAAAAUGCUCCCAUAAGAUUGGUCUACAGGCAAACCUGUGGGGCAUUUUCUUGAUUGAUGAUUGAUGUGGAAAGGGCAUAGCCCACUGUGGGCGGUCCUGUCCCUAGGCAGGUGAUCCUGGAUGCUAUAAGAAAGCAGGCUGAGGAAACCAGUCAGUAGCAAUGUUCCUCCAUGGCCUCUGCCUCAGUACCUGCUCUGACUUCCCUCAGUAAUGGAGUGUGACCUAAAAUGUAAGUUGUAAUAAAACCUUUUCUCCUCAAGA